CCCUUACUCCCCAACCCUUCAAUGACGGACAGAAUGGCGAACAUCGAGGUUUUGUAAAUGUUUGAUCGCGUUAGCAAUAUUACUCAAUUACUUUCGAUUUCUGACUGGAAUUAUGACAAUAUAAAACCGGGCUUCACGAUGAAUUUCACGCCGUUCGGUGGCCACUUCCCCACAACCAUUCCCACGAUUCACCAAUUCGCGGCGAAGUUUUCUCAGGAAAACAAUUCCACGGCCCUGUGCCCAACUCAGGAGAACAACAGCAAUAGAUACACAGCCAAUGGGGUGCCCUCGUUCACGCAACAUCACCCCCCGACUCAGCAACAAAUGAUCAACACCACCAAAUAUCAACCUAAUUAUAUGAACCAAACGAUCUACCACCAAAACAACGUGCGUCAGGAGAAACGACAGGGUUACGAGCACCAGGAGCUGGCUCAGGAAUUAUGUGCCGCUAUGCUAAACAAUCCACAAGCAGACAAGCCAGAUAAAAACAAACAGGAGCCUCAGGAGAACAACCGCCAGCCGCACCAGCAGCUCCAACCAAACCAGCAACAACCGGCGACUUCGAUGCCCUCAAGCUGGCAGUCGUUGGCGACUCCUGGCUCAACCGUGGCCGACUACCUGUCCCACCUGCCGGCCUCCACGCUGCCUUUAAGCCUCCACCACUUCCUCAAAUACUCCGCCGAAACAAUCAAGAAAGAAAGUGCCCAGCAACCGGACCCCAACCCCGCCAUCCUGCCCCCGCAGCCGGCCGCCAACUUGCCCCCGGCCCCUGCCCAGCCCCCAAAGAAGAAAAAGAAGAAAAAGCCCGAGAAGGAGAAAAAGCCGCGCCCCAAACCCGGCGAGAUCCGGCUGACGACGGCCCUGGACGGCUCGACGCUCUACUGCUGCCCCGAGUGCCACAUGGCGUACCCCGAGAAGGAGCUCCUGGAGCAGCACCUGGUGGGGCACACGCUGGAGCGCCGCUUCGUCUGCGACAUCUGCGGCGCCGGCCUGAAGCGCAAGGACCACCUGACCCGGCACAAGCAGUCGCACAACCCGGAGCGGCCCUACGUCUGCACCGUGUGCCUGAAGGCCUUCAAGCGCAAGGAGCAGUUGACGCUGCACUUCGUCAUCCACUCGGGGGAGAAGCGCCACAUCUGCACCGAGUGCGGGAAGGGCUUCUACCGCAAGGACCACCUGCGGAAGCACACGCGCUCGCACAUCGCGCGGAGAGUUAAGGCUGAGCUCUCGCAGCAAGGCAACUCGCAGGCGCUCCAGCUGCAGAUGGCGGCGCCGGCGACGAGCAACUCGGUCAGUCAAGGUAUACUCUCGUAAUCAUCUGCUUUCGGUUCGGAAAGUUUAAGAUAUCCAGGAAUUUUGGCGUUUAUUGGCUGUGAAAAUUAACAAUAAAUUAACGGGAGGGUCGAGUCGUUGGAAUCAAAAUUUGAGCGGUUGUUGGGUAUUUUAAACUUUGGUAUAUACAGAGUGGUACUAGUCAUUCCAUUGGUUCUUUUCUGUCAAAACACUACCUCAUGUGCUUGUUUAUUGUGAUAAAAUUGCGACUCUGUAUAUAUGGCGUUGUUUUACCAAAUUUGCUUUAAAGGAUAGUACAAAAAGAGAUUGUUAUUUGUUGUUUGGUUCUGUGUUUAUUUUUGUUCGGAGCGGGUCUUAUAUUUUAUAAAAAUUUGUUUACGAUUUUGGACGAAAACGAGUAUUAUUUGCCAAUGUAAUGAUAAGCAAUUGAAAGUCUGCCAUUUGUAAAUUAGAUUUUCAGGACGAGGCUUUAUAAAAUUUGCACUAUUUAGGCGUAGGAGUUAUUGUGAUUUGCAAACAUAUUGAUAUUACGUUAAAUUUGUAUAUUUCGGUACUACUAACUAAGGAACGAUGAGUAUAACAAAAAACAUAUUUUGUAAGGCAGAAAAUUUAUGAAGAGUGUUUAUAUUUAAGCAUGUAUGUAUAUGGAGAAAUAUUUGUAUGGAUUUAAUAUCUAUUUUUAAUAGUUUUAAUAACCCAAAUUUCCAAAUUGUGUUUUCCGAAAGCAAUAACAAAGCCACUCUCAGAGUAUUCCACAAUUUAUUCCGGCGUUAUCACGUAACCAUACAUUAUGUAUCUAGACUAGAAUAACUGCGUUUUUGUGAAUACAGUUGUGUUGUAUUUUUUCAAGCAAGAUACUCAGCAGAAAUAAAUAUUUUAGUAUGUAACACAACAAUAAAAAAUAGUACAAAUAUGUAUGCCAUAUAAUCUUAAGCUAAGUCAAGUACAUGUCUAUACCGAAAAGGAAAUAAGUUUAUUAGUGAUUAGUUACAGAAAGAAUUUACACUUUUCCAAAUUCAACUUGGGACAAUCUGGUUUCGUUCGUUUCGGCGUUUCAAUCAAUUAGUGUUCUGUUUGAAGUGUAAAUACUUUUUUGUACUGCUUGUAGCCCAGAGCUUCCCAUGUAUUUGCUUUAUUAUGUACUGAAAAUAAAAACUUACCAUAAAA